UCUCAUAUCUGCAUUUAUAACUUUCUUUAACCAAAUGCCUGCACAGCAUAAUAUUGUUAAAUAAAAUACAUUCAGUUGUUGGAUGUAAGUUCAACAUAAUGUUUUCUGUGUUUCAGGUUGGUUUGAUCACUACAGUGGCUAUACUGGUACAUGAGAUCCCACAUGAGGUGGGGGACUUUGCCAUCUUGUUAAGGUCUGGCUUUGACAGGUGGAAGGCUGCUAAAGCACAGCUCCUCACAGCAUCUGGUGGUGUGGUUGGUGCUAUGACGGCACUAUUGGCGGAGUCAGCAGAGACAGCUGGUAACAGCACGGCCUGGAUACUGCCCUUCACCUCUGGCGGCUUCAUCUAUAUUGCACUGGUCACAGUAGUGCCUGAUCUACUGGAAGAGAGGCAUCCAUGGGAAUCCUUGAAGCAAAUACUGUGUCUAAUAGCAGGAAUAGGAGCCAUGUUGACAGUAACAUUAGUCUGCGAAUAGAUUCAGAGAAAACGAGAUUUAUGAAAGAUAACAUGGAUUCUCUUUUGUCAAGAAAUAGGGAACAAAAACAUUCAUUAUCAGCUCAACUUUGUGAGAUAUUAUAUCCUAGUCUUCACCUUACUCUCUGUAGAUCUUUACAGUUUGUCUCAUUUUGAAUGAGGAGGAUGUUGCGAGGCUAUUAUUAUGUUUUAAACAUGAAGACUUUCUUCAAUUCUCAUUUUACAAUGAUGUUCCCACAUUGGAGUUGUCUUCCAGGAGUAAGGUCCCAUGGGGAGUUUGUUUUGUUUUAUUUUAACAAAGAAAAGAGGUGAUAUUAUAUUGUAUGUGGUAUGUAUAGUGUAUAUUGCCCAGGAAGGCAGGUUAAUGAAAGUAGAAGAUUGUCCAGCAAG